AUGUAUCUCACAGGUGUCCACUUCAUUGGAGCUCUGCUGUCUUUGUGGAGUAUUCCCAUUGGGGCUGAGUUCCCUUUGUUCUUUCCAGCAUCCUCUGUUUAUCAGAUAACAUCCUCACUCUCCGUUCCCGUGGUCAUUCCGGAUCGGAAACUCUUCUGGGAUUGGGGUCUUCAGAUGAACUAUGCCCUGCCCGCUCAACCUUCCUCCUUCUACGCAGCCACCAUUUGGCCAGAUGAAUUCUCGCGGCGGGGAAAGCGUCAGUUACGAAAUGAGACUGCCAAAUAUCUACUAGGAGGUAGUUCUACGAUGCAUCCGAGUGACUUUACAGCGGGAGAGCUGUACGAGAGUCUAGAGAACAUGCUCACCCGAUAUGGCUUUGAUGAGUCCUGCCUCCUGCGAAGUGUUUGUGAAUUGGCUCGACAUCCUUUUAAGGAUAUAGAAAAUAACAUGCUGACUGCAUUGAUUACUUUUACUCUAACACCCUCCUUGCACGAGUCAUUUGGUCCCGGAGAAAGUAUUUACCGGGAGGUUUACGAACAGGCCGAGCUGCAAGGAUUUCUAGGAAAGGAUUGCGGCCAUCUAUAUUCCAAUUGCCCCGUGGACUUUCUAAGCGGUAUCAGCAGCCUGUUGAGCUAGCAGUUUUUACCUGAUGCUGCGUAGCCAUUCGAGUUAAUUACCCAUACAAAGAUAGUGACCAAAGGCAUAUUGAUUUCAAUUCAAUUAAGAUUAUCUUUGAAAUAUACUUAUGCACCCGUUCAUACUUCAU